AUGUUAGAUGCAGAGAAAAAUACAGGCAGUGAUGUAACAUCAGUGUUAUCAAGACAUACAGAUGAAUAUAAGUUACAGGUUGCUCGUUCCAAUCCAACUUCUCAAGUCACUGAUCAUGGACACCAAUUAAAAAAAGGGCUUGAUGCCAGACACGUUACCAUGAUUGCUAUCGGUGGUGCUUUGGGUACUGGUUUGUUAAUUGGUACUGGUUCAGCUUUGAGAACUGCGGGGCCAGCAUCAAUUCUUAUUGCCUAUAGUGCAAUUGGGAUGGUUGUGUAUAUGGUCAUGUGCGCAUUGGGUGAAGUCGCAACUUUUAUUCCAUUAGCAGAUGGGUUUACUGGGUAUUGUAAUAGAUAUGUUGACCCAGCAUUGGGAUUUGCUUGUGGGUAUGUCUAUUUAAUUAAAUAUUUGAUUUUACCAGCUAAUCAAUUGGUAGCUGGUGCGUUAACGGUUCAAUAUUGGAUUCCAAAGGAUAAAGUGAAUCCUGGUGUAUGGAUUACGAUUUUAUUGGUUAUUAUCGUGGCUGUUAAUGUUUUGGGAGUUAGAUUUUUUGGUGAAAUCGAGUUCUGGUUAUCUUGUAUCAAGGUUGUGACAUGUCUUGGUUUAAUUAUACUUUUGUGGGUAAUUGCAUUGGGAGGAGGUCCAACUCAUGAUAGAUUAGGUUUUAGAUACUGGAAAGACCCCGGUGCUUUUAUACACUACGUGAAUAAAGACAAAAAUUUGGAAAUUACAGGAGAUAAGGGUAGAUUUGUUGCUUUUGUUUCUGUGCUUGUUUCAGCUGUGUUUGCAUACACUGGUACCGAAUUAUGUGGUAUUACCUUUGCUGAGUGUGCCAGACCUAGAAAGGCUAUUCCAAAAGCUAUCAAAAUGACUCUUUACCGUAUUGUUCUUUUCUAUGUUUUGUCAAUUUUAUUCUUGGGAAUGUGUGUUCCAGCCAACGAUCCAUUAUUGUUGUCUGCUGGUAGUUCGAGUGCUAGUGCAUCUCCAUUCGUUAUUGCUAUAAAGAAUGCCAGAAUCAGAGGUUUAGACCACGUUAUUAACGCGUGUAUCUUAUUAUUCGUUUUAUCCGCCGCUAAUUCUGAUAUGUAUAUUUGCUCCCGUACCAUUUACGGUUUAUCAGUAGCAGGUUAUGCACCUAAAUUCUUCUCGAAGACAAACAGAAUGGGAGUUCCUUACUUCGGUGUUGCAUUGAGUUUCUCAUUCUGCUUACUUGCAUUUAUGGCCGUCUCUUCUAAUUCUUCAGAAGUCUUCGGUUAUUUCGUCAACGUGGUCAGUAUUACUGGUUUAAUCACUUGGGCGUGUAUUUUAGUUAUUCAUAUCCGCUUCAUGAAGGCAUGUAAAGCUCAAGGUAUGGAUAGAAAGAAUGAAUUGGCAUAUAGAUCACCAUUACAACCAUUUGGUUCAUACAUUGCAUUAUUUGUUUGCGUGCUCGUUAUUUUCAUCAAAAACUUUACUGCGUUUUUAGGUGAUACUUUCACAUACAAGGAUUUCAUAACUGGUUAUAUUGCAUUACCAGUAUUUGUUAUUAUGUAUAUUGGUUUCAAAUUAUACUACCGUACCAAGAUGAUCAAACCUGAAGAUGUUGAUUUAGAGACUUACAGGGACGUUAUUGACUCAGAAGAACAACAAUUUGCCGAUGUUGCUGCUGAAAAGGAAGCAUUAAGACAAGCUCAAGGUAAUCCUAAGGAUAAAGCAUGGUACUAUGAUACCUUUAUUGGCUGGUUGUUCUAG